CUAGACAGUUUUAAUGAUUACAGUAAUAAUGUUCUGUGGUACAACCCAAAGGUUCAAGAAUAUUAGGCUGUUGGUAAUGAUCCUGGGUCAGUUCCAUCCACCUCCCAUCCCCACAAUUGUUUCCCUAAGGUAUCUUAAUCUCAUCGGUCUUUCAAACAGGCUUUUUCCCAUCGGUUUCCAGGUUAAAAUUCUGUAUGACUUUAUUGUUUCGAUUUGAGCUACAUAACCGGCACAUCGUAAUUUUCAUUUUGCUGCUCAAACAACCAGUGGAAACCAUUGGGGCUUGUAUUUACUUGGGUGGAAGAAGGGAGGUGGCCCGCAUUUUCAACUUACGCCACCGGGUCGUCAGAACGUGAAGCGCACUUAUAUGAAUCUGAAGUGGUGUCCUGGGUGCUGUUCCAUUGGCUUUGUUAAAACGGACAUGCGGUUUGGCAACAUUGCCUGUUGAUGUGCUGGAGUGGGAGCAAGAAGACACGACACCUCUUUCCAGGAUUCUUGUGUACUAGUACGGCUCCAGCUUACAGAUUGUUUGGACGUGCUGUAAUUUCAGCGAGAAGGUAGCAUCAUGUCAAGCUGGAGCACAGUGUUUGUGACUGGGGGUGCAGGAUACAUUGGCAGUCACUGCAUUGUGGAGCUGCUGGAUGCAGGAUACAGUGUCAUAGCUGUUGAUAACUUUGCCAACUCUGUGAAUGGUGAAUGUGGGGAGGCACCGAGCUUGAAGCGAGUGGAAUCUAUCACCGGAAAAACUGUCACAUUUUAUCAGUGUGACCUUCUUGACAAACCACACCUUGAAAAGAUAUUCAUUGAACACAAGAUUGAUUGUGUUAUUCAUUUUGCGGCAAUGAAAGCUGUGGGGGAGUCGAUGCAAGUUCCUCUUCUGUACUACAAGAAUAACAUUGUGGGGACCAUCAACUUGUUGGAGGUGAUGAAAACUCAUGGCUGCUACAAUCUAGUGUUCUCCAGUUCAUGCACAGUCUAUGGCAAUCCAGAAGUCCUUCCCAUAACAGAGGAGCAUCAUACAGGCAAUGUCACUAAUGUGUAUGGGCGUACAAAAUUCUUCAUUGAGGAAAUGCUGAAGGACAUUUCUGCAGCUGAGAAAAAUUGGAACAUCAUCUGCUUGAGGUACUUCAACCCUGUUGGGGCUCAUCCAUCUGGCUUGAUAGGCGAGGAUCCCACAAAGGCAUUCACAAACUUGAUGCCGUACAUGGCUCAGGUUGCUAUCGGUAGCAGACCCAGCCUCACCAUCUUUGGAGGAGAUUAUGAUACUGUGGAUGGAACAGGUGUACGAGACUACAUUCACAUAAUGGAUUUGGCAUCAGGACAUGUGGCAGCUCUGAAUAAACUUAAGAAAGAACAUCUUCGAUUAAAGACCUACAACUUGGGGACAGGGGAAGGUGUAUCAGUCCUCCAACUACUCCGAACAUUUGAAGCAGUAACAAAGACCAUGGUACCUUUUGAGAUACAAGAUCGACGCACCGGGGAUAUUGUUUCCAUGUAUGCCAACACGUCUCUCGCUGAGCGUGAACUAGGCUGGAAAUCCAAGUACACUUUGGAACAAAUGUGCGAAGACUUCUGGCGGUGGCAAACUAUGAACCCUGAUGGUUACCGAGGGAACAGCACCAGUGCCAGUGGUGAAAAUAGCAGAACAUCUGUCAUUAUCAAUGGCUCCCAUUUAAAUGGACACUGAGUAAAUACUGUUUUAGGAUCCAUUUGCUUAUAGCAUUUGAACAUGUGUCUGUAACAUGCAAAUUUAAGUGUUUAAAUUAUUUGGAACAAAUAGCAACUUAUUCACUAUGUGUACAUACAAAUGUAAAUGCUUCUACACUCAGUGUGUAAUAAAUAUUAAAUCGUCAUCAGGGUUGGUGUGUUGGUUUGUAGCAUGAUGUCCACAGGUUCAUGGGAUUAAAACAUUGUUAUUAAUGUAGAUCUGUAUGUUAUAUUGUACUCCUUGAGAACAUGCAUGGAAUUCUACCAUUUCCAAUUGGUCUUAUCUGCAACAAAAGCUAAGGAUUCACAGUGUAUGCACAGUGCCAUUGAUUCUGUGUGAUGUGUUGUGUAAAUUUACCCUCUUUGAAAAGCUUUCUAGAUGUUAGUUUUCAGAAAAUUAUCUCCACUUGAUCAGCAGAAAGAAAAUGAAAUGUUGCUGUAGAGGUCUCAAACUCAAAUUUGUAACCAUGACUCAACAAAACAAAAUGCAAUUUGUUAUUCCAGUAAUUUUUAAUUCAUGACAGAAGAUGAGUAACCUAAUCUAAGCUGCAAUGAAUCUACUUCUCUUCAGUGUAGUUUUGUUUAUUGUGUGUCUUACUUACCCAAGAAAUGCUGGCUGAGACUUGCCCGUACAGUUAUGAAUAUAUCUGUCUAAAAAAACAUGGAAGGAUAGUUUACAUUGUUGAUGUGUAAUAGCCCUUUAAGGGGCGCACACAUGCUAAGAUUUCUACUCAGCUUUGUACAAGUGUCUGGCUUAAAAUCUCUUAUCAAAUCUAAUUUUAUUCUACACAUUUCACAGAUUUGUCUGUGCAUUUCAGUUCAGUUGUAAAAAUUUUACCAUAUAUGGCUCCCUUUAAAUUUUUUUAAGUUUCAUUUUUAAUUAAUUGACUUCUGAAGUGGAGGUUGCCUUAUAUCACCAUGUGUUAAAGAUAAAAAUGUUCUUACAUUAGGUUGGAUUAGAAUAAUUUAAUUUUGAGUUCAUUCAAUUUCUCAUUUAGAUUUGGUGUGGAUUUUGGUUCAGUUUGUGAUGGCCCUUCCUUCCCACCCCCCUGUCCACCAUGAAACAUGUUUUCUGCAUUGUACAUGUGUUUCUGUAUAUUAAUCAUGAAAUGUACCAUAUUUUCCAGAGGUCUUGAGAGCAUUUUGGUCAAAAAUUUCCUGUUGUAAAAUGAAAGCUGUUGGUAAUGUGCAAUAAUUAGUUGUUUGUGGCAGUAAAUAUGAAUGGGUGGGUUUAUUUGUAACUUAUCUCUACUUUAUGUGAACCCUUUGUUUGUAUUUGUGACAUUUAUAUAAUAGUAUGACUUGUAUUUGUAUAACAUGUAUUGUAUUAUUAUGACUUAUUCUACAUCCUAUUGUCAUCUGACUAACUUAGGGAUCCAUAGAAUGUAAUAAAGAUGUAUGCCCAGAGUUAUAGGCCAAUAUGA